AUGUCCGCUGAAAGAAUGAAGAUUGGCUGCGCCGGUCUCGGUCGCAUGGGCAAGCGCCACGCCCUGAACUUCCUCCAACGAACCCCCAGAGCAGAGCUCGUAGCCGCCAGCUCUCCAGACCUGACGGAACUGGAAUGGGCGAAGGAGCACCUCGCACCGUACGGCGUGCGGCUGUACCAGAACUAUGACGAGAUGCUCCAGCAGGAGGGCUUGGAAGCUAUCGUCGUCGCAUCGGCGACUGCCGUGCACGCAGAGCAGGCCAUCAAGGCCAUCGAAGCCGACAAGCACGUUCUCUGCGAGAAACCCCUGUCAACGAACGUAGAAGUGCUAACACGCCGCAGUCCCAAUCCGUCGUUGACGCUGCCGCAAAAAAAACCUCAUUUGAAAGUCAUGUGUGGGUUCUCGCGGCGCUUCGACGCCUCCUACCGCGACGCCUACCAGAAGAUGCAGACCGGACAGAUCGGCACGGUCUCCGUGCUGCGCAGCCAGACGUGCGACAAGCUUGAUCCCAGCGGGUUCUUCGUCGCGUAUGCGCAGUUCUCGGGCGGGAUCUUCGUCGACUGCUCGAUCCACGACAUCGACCUCGCGCUGUGGUUCUUCGGCGCCUCGAGCAAGAUCAGGUCCGUGAGCGCAGUGGGCAACACGGCCGUGGAGCCCGAUCUCCGGAAACAUAAUGACCGCGAUAACGCGGUUGGGCUGGUCGAGUUCCACGACGGGCGGAUCGCAUAUUUCUAUGCCUCGCGGAUGAUGGCGGCGGGGCAGGAGGAUAGUACGGAGAUUAUCGGGACGAAGGGCAAGUUGGCUGUGAAUACGCAGCCGCAGCAGAAUCUGGUGCAGGUGUACGAUGCGAGUGGGGUUCGCAAGGAGAUGCCGCAGACUUAUUAUGAUCGGUUCGAGUAUGCUUUUGUCACCGAGGCGAAUGAGUUUACGGCAGCUGUGCUGGACGACACGCCGCUGCCGUUGGAGUUGACGGCGGCCGUGCAGGCAGUGCGCAUUGGGGCUGCGUUGCAGGAGUCGAUGGUUUCGGGGAGUAAGAUCUGGUUUGAUGAAAAUGGGAACCGACUCCAGGAGGCCCGGUUAUAG